GUAGUGGAGAAGUGAGCUAAGCAACAGCAGAAUGUCUGGUCGUGGCAAGCAAGGAGGCAAGGCUAGGGCGAAGGCCAAGUCCCGCUCUUCCAGAGCCGGGCUCCAGUUCCCCGUGGGCCGCGUUCACCGUCUGCUCCGCAAAGGGAACUACGCCGAGCGAGUGGGGGCCGGCGCGCCCGUCUACCUGGCAGCCGUGCUGGAAUACUUGACGGCGGAGAUUCUGGAGUUGGCUGGCAACGCGGCUCGGGACAACAAGAAGACCAGGAUCAUUCCCCGCCACUUGCAGCUGGCCAUCCGCAACGACGAGGAGCUCAACAAACUCUUGGGCAAAGUGACGAUCGCUCAAGGCGGCGUGUUGCCCAAUAUCCAAGCCGUCCUCCUGCCCAAGAAGACGGAAAGCCACAAAGCCAAAGGCAAGUGAGGCUGCUGUCGCUUCCCAGGCCGGCCAGUUCUCUCGUCAAACUCAACCCAAAGGCUCUUUUCAGAGCCACCCACAGCUUUCAGGAAAGAGCUGGCAAUCUCUGGAUUGCUACCCGCUUGCUGGGAACGCCUUUUGGGUUUCAACUUAUCUAAUAUUUCGCUUAUAGGGAUUGUAAAACGGGCA